UAUUAUAAAAUUAGAGCACGAUAUGGUUAUAGUAGGGUAUUUAAAAAAAAGAAAUAUAUUAAGAUUCAUUUAGUAGAUUUUGUCUCACGUAUAUACCUUUCAAAAUUAAUAUUCAUAAACAAAUACGUAAAAAAAAAAAAAAAAAAAACAUGUUGAUUAUAUCCAAAUUUGGAGGCACCAAUAAUUUUAAUUAAUCAUGGGUAGUGAUACUAUUGCUGACAUAAUAACCUCUAUACGAAAUGCCGAUAUGUAUAGAAAAAGCAUGGUUCGAGUAGCAUCUACUAAUAUCAGCCAAAGUAUUGUUAAAAUACUUUUACGAGAGGGUUUUAUCGAAAACGUGAGAAAACAUUGAGAAAAAAACAAAUCUUUUUUGGUUUUAACCCUACGACAUAGACGGAAUAGGAAAAGGACUUAUAGAAAUCUUUUAAAUUUAAAACGGAUCAGUCGGCCGGGUCUACGAAUCUAUUCUAACUAUCAAAGAAUUCCUAGAAUUUUAGGUGGGAUGGGGAUUGUAAUUCUUUCUACCUCUCAGGGUAUAAUGACAGACCGAGAGGCUCGACUAGAAAGAAUAGGCGGAAAAAUUUUGUGUUAUAUAUGGUAAUCCUUCUAAUAUCCGAAUUCAAUACGAAACUUCUUAUUUGUGAAAAAGAAAAGAGAAGGGGUGGGUUGUCUAAUAGGGUUCUUCCUCCACUAGUUGAUACUUCAAGGGGGUUUUACCUGUAAUGAAAGAACAAAAAUGGAUUCAUGAAGGUUUAAUUACUGAAUCGCUUCCCAACGGCAUGUUCCGGGUUCGUUUAGAUAAUGAAGAUAUGAUUCUAGGUUAUGUUUCAGGAAAGAUCCGACGUAGUUUUAUACGGAUACUGCCAGGAGAUAGAGUCAAAAUUGAAGUAAGUCGUUAUGAUUCAACCAGAGGUCGUAUAAUUUAUCGACUCCGAAACAAAGAUUCGAAAGAUUAGGUGUUUUUUCAACUUCACUAUUUAUUUCGUAGGAAUACGAUUCAAAAUAGAAAAUUUCAAGAAACUUAUUUUCUUCCAAAAAGUGGAUUCAAAAUUAAAGUAAGGAGUGGGAAAUAUGAAAAUAAGAGCUUCUGUUCGUAAAAUUUGUGAAAAAUGUCGACUAAUCCGUCGUCGGGGACGAAUUAGAGUAAUUUGUUCCAACCCAAGACAUAAACAAAGACAAGGAUAAUCAGCCUUGUUAAAGACCCGAUAUAAAAAUAAGAAGGGGAUCUGUUUUGACAUGAAAUGGAUAUAUCCAUAUAUCUCUGACUCAAAUUUAUGAGAUGAUAAAAUAUGGCAAAAGCUAUACCGAAAAAAGGUUCACGUGGACGUAUUGGUUCACGUAAGAGUACACGUAAAAUACCAAAGGGGGUUAUUCAUAUUCAAGCAAGUUUCAAUAAUACCAUUGUGACUGUUACAGAUGUACGGGGGCGAGUGGUUUCUUGGUCCACUGCCGGUACUUCUGGCUUCCGAGGUACAAAAAGAGGGACGCCAUUUGCUGCUCAAACCGCAGCAGGACAUGCUAUUCGUGCAGUAGUAGAUCAAGGUAUGCAACGAGCAGAAAUCAUGAUUAAAGGUCCCGGUCUUGGAAGAGACGCAGCAUUACGAGCUAUUCGCAGAAGUGGUAUACUAUUAACUUUCGUACGGGAUGUAACCCCUAUGCCACAUAAUGGUUGUAGACCCCCGAAAAAAAGACGUGUGUAGAAAUAAAAAUUGAAGAUAUUUCAAUAGCAAGAGAAACAAAGGAAGAGAAACAAGAGAAAUAAAUGAUUCAAUGAUCUGAUCAAAUAAUAUUAUUAUGGUUCGAGAGAAAAUAACAGUAUCUACUCGGACACUACAGUGGAAGUGUGUUGAAUCAGCAG